AUGCGCGAGAGUUAUAUUCACCCUGACAACUACGCCCAGCCUACCUCGAAUCUAAAUUCAGGUGCCGCUCCGACUGGCACCCCAAGUCCCCAGGCUAUAAAGAAACUCCCGACGAGCCGCUACGCGGUCGCCAUAUUUAUUGGAACAGAAUUUGACGCAAAGGAAGAUGCUGAGGACGACGAACAUUUGUACUAUGUGGGAGCUCGGACGUUGAUUUAUCAGCUGCUCCAUGCAAAGCGUACAAAAUUCAGCAGUCCAGUUUCUGUUGUGGUUCUGGUCACUAAGGGGGUGCGCGAAAGCAAGCGUCAGCGACUACGGGAUGACGGUGCGAUAGUAGUCGAGGUUGCGGAUAUGGAACACUCCGUCGAGAUUGUCGUCGGCCGUUAUGCCGAAGUGUUCAACAAGCUACGAGUCUUCGAUCCUAGCAUUAUGCCAUUUGAAAAGGUGGUCUUGCUCGAUACAGAUAUGGUCAUUACUCGCCCUCUCGACGCAAUCUUCGAUGAUCCUGCUGCUCAGCGCUUCCUAAUCAAUAGGAACGCGACAAGUGCACUCGCCCCCGGCUUGCCCCCGAUGCCUGAUAGCUAUGUUCUAGCUUCGACGCCCGACAUUGCGUAUAGACCAUAUGGCUUUCCUCCUAACUUAACCGCUGAGGAGAAGCGUGACUAUUUUAAUGCUGGCGUGAUCGUACUCUCACCUUCGACAGAGCUCUUCAACCUUUAUCUUGCGGUCCUCGGCCGCACAGAGCUAUUCGACGGCUUUUGGCCUGAGCAAAAUUUGCUUAACUACGUCCACAGCCGGGAUGGGCCGAUGCCUUGGGGAUCCCUUGAUUUGUUAUGGCAUCUCUCAAGUCCCACUGCAGCUGAUUUUGAGGCUGGCAUGGCUAUCCUUCACUGCAAGUUUUGGAAUCCUGCUUCGGAUCCGUGUCAGCAGAGUGCGAUUUCUCGGCGGUGGGAAAUGCAGGGAUACUGGAGCGGCAGGGAGGAAAGAUAG